AUGGCUCCAAAGGACACCUUCUUCCGCUCGUCGGAUAUGAGCUUGACCCAGCUCUAUAUCGCGAAUGAAAUUGGUCGUGAAGUUGUCAGCUCCCUUGGUGAGCUUGGGCAGGUGCAGUUUCGGGAUCUCAAUCCCGAGACGACUGCUUUCCAAAAAACUUUCACGAAGGAGAUCCGUCGCUUAGAUAAUGUGGAGAGGCAACUUCGCUACUUCCAUGCACAGAUGGACAAGGCUGGAAUUCAGAUGAGGUCGUCUUCUGAGUUUUCGGAUACUCUGGCUGCUCCCUUGGCUUCGGAAAUCGAUGAGCUUGCUGAGCGCAGCGAGAGUCUGGAACAACGGAUCGCCGCGCUGAAUGAUAGCUACGAGACACUGAAGAAGCGUGAGGUGGAGUUGACGGAAUGGCGUUGGGUUCUGAGAGAGGCUGGAGGAUUCUUCGACCGUGCUCAUACCCAUACUGAGGAAAUCCGCCAAUCCUUCGAUAACGAUGAAGCGCCUCUUCUCCGUGACGUCGAACAACAGGGCACGCGCGGUGCAAACGGUGAUGCCCAGGGCCAACAGUCGUUUCUUGAGAUGAAUAUUGGAUUCGUGUCUGGUGUUAUCCCUCGCGAUAGGAUUGCUGCCUUCGAACGGAUCCUCUGGAGAACGCUGCGUGGUAACCUCUACAUGAACCAGUCUGAGAUCCCGGACCCGAUCGUGGACCCGACUACGAACGAGGAGACGCAGAAAAUGGUUUUCGUUAUCUUCGCUCAUGGAAAGAAUAUAAUUUCGAAGAUCAGAAAGAUUUCGGAAUCGCUUGGAGCUUCCCUUUACGGUGUCGACGAGAACAGUGAACUGCGCCGGGAUCAGAUCCACGAGGUCAAUACGAGGUUGAGCGACGUGAACAAUGUGUUGCGGAACACAAAAAACACUCUCGACGCUGAGCUCUCUCAGAUCGCCCGCUCGUUGGCGGCUUGGAUGAUCAUCGUCAAGAAAGAGAAGGCCGUGUACGACACCCUCAACAAGUGCUCGUAUGAUCAAGCGAGAAAAACUCUUAUUGCUGAGGCUUGGUGUCCUACGAAUUCACUGGCGUUGAUCAAAUCGACCUUGCAGGAUGUCAACGACCGUGCGGGUCUGAGCGUACCUACUAUCGUUAACCAGAUUCGGACGAACAAAACCCCUCCAACGUAUGUACGAACGAACAAGUUCACCGAGGCUUUUCAAACGAUUGUCAAUGCAUACGGUAUCCCGAAGUACUCGGAAGUCAAUCCCGGUUUGUACACUGUGGUUACUUUCCCCUUCCUCUUUGCCGUCAUGUUCGGUGAUUUUGGACACGGUUUCUUGAUGGCUUUGGCUGCUUCUGCCAUGAUCUUCUGGGAAAAGACACUCUUGAAGACGAAGCUUGAUGAAUUGACGUACAUGGCUUUCUAUGGUCGUUACAUCAUGUUGAUGAUGGGUAUUUUCUCCAUCUACACCGGUCUUAUCUAUAACGAUAUCUUUUCCAAAUCCUUCACUAUUUUCUCGAGUUCUUGGCAAUGGCCUGAGGAAAUCAAGGAGGGCCAGGCGGUUGAGGCGUCGUUGAAGGGCAGCUACCGUUUUCCCUUCGGUUUGGACUGGAACUGGCACGAGGCUGAGAACAGCCUCCUAUUCACCAACAGUCUGAAGAUGAAAAUGAGUAUCGUCCUGGGCUGGGCACAUAUGUCCUACGCCCUUAUCCUGCAAUAUGUCAACGCCCGCCAUUUCAAGUCUAAGGUCGAUGUCAUCGGCAACUUCAUCCCUGGUUUAAUCUUCUUCCAGUCCAUCUUUGGUUACCUUGUCAUCACUAUCAUUUACAAAUGGUCAGUGGAUUGGAAUGCAAAGGGUCAAUCGCCCCCAGGUCUUCUCAACAUGCUCAUCUUCAUGUUUCUAUCUCCCGGGAACAUCCAGGAUGGGGAACAACUAUACUCGGGGCAAGGAACUGUCCAGUUGCUCCUAUUGCUCCUUGCUGUUUCCCAGGUUCCGAUCAUGCUCUUCUUCAAGCCAUUCUACCUCCGUCGUGAGCACAACCGUGCACGUGCCCUUGGUUAUCGCGGCCUCGGAGAACAAUCCAGAGUCAGCGCAUUAGACGAAGAUGGUGACGUCGACGGUCGAGCAUCUGGACCCCGCGACAGUGUGGCCAGCGACGGCGAAGGCGUUGCUAUGAUCGCAGAGGAUCUCGGCGAGGAAGAGCACGAAGAGUUCGACUUCUCCGAAGUCAUGAUCCACCAGGUUAUUCACACCAUCGAAUUCUGCCUCAACUGUAUCUCUCACACGGCUUCCUACCUGCGUCUCUGGGCUCUUUCCCUUGCCCACCAACAGCUCUCUAUCGUCCUCUGGGAUAUGACGCUCGGCGGUGCAUUCGAACAGGAAAACCCUACCACCCGUGUAAUCAUGAUCGUCGUCACCUUCUACAUGUGGUUCACACUCACAAUCGCCAUUCUGUGUGUCAUGGAAGGAACCAGCGCCAUGCUUCACUCUCUCCGUCUCCACUGGGUCGAAGCCAUGAGCAAGCAUUUCAUGGGUGAAGGUUUGCCGUUUACGCCGUUUAGCUUCAAGACGCUUCUCGAGGAAGAACCUGUGGAUUAG